CAUUAGUGGUUCACACGACACUUGAAAUGAAUACAGAAUUGUUUUCAGCCAAAUGAGUGUGUGUACUAGUACUGCUGUUUCAUGGAUUCUAAACAUAUGAACGGAGAAAACAUUUCCUUCUUAAACCAAGGUGAUUAACUACGAUGAUUGCAUUGGAGACUACACAGAUCGCGACUGUAAUACACCAGGAUCACGUUUGACAACAAAUGUAUGUAUAUGUGGUAUAUUAGCGGAUAAUCCAUGUUGAUUACAACAUCUAUCAGCCGACACCAAUAUGACCAUGUCUGAACAAUCAUCCACCUUUGAAUGCAGCAUUUGUAUGGCAGAUUUCAAAGAUCCCCGAUUUCUCAGUUGUUUCCACACAUUCUGCACUCCCUGUCUGGAACCCAUACUCCGGAAGUGGUCGAAGCGAGGAAGUUUCCCCUGCCCUUUAUGUAGAGUGGAAAUACAGAUACCUUCCAACGGAAUUAGUGGAUUCCAAAAGAACUUUUAUGUGCCCCAACCAAGUACUAGAAGGAGAGCAGCUACAUACGAGACACCUGAAAGUGAUUCUCCAUGUGAAAUUCAUCACACACACAGGGUCUACAUUUACUGCAUGCCCUGUAAACAGAAUCUGUGUGUGAAGUGCAAGGAGGAACUUCAUGUGGAUCACGAUGUUGAAUACAUAUCAGUGGCUUCCAGGAGGGAAAGGCUCAAGAUGACAGAGGUAUGUAAAAACGCCCAGGAAUUCCUCGGCUCUGUUGAGGAGACGCUGGCUAACGCACACGUUGAAUAUGCGCGGAUGUCGCAAGAAAUAACGUCCCUGAAACAUUCCGCACAUGACCACGCAGAGAAGAUGAAGAAUGCGAUAGAUGAAGAUCUGCUUGCAUUGGGGAAACAUCUCGAUUCCGAACGAAAAUUACGAAGGGGAAAAUUACAGCGGUUUGCUUUAAAGAUGAAAGAAAAACAAAAAUCGGUGACUGACAUUAUUCAGAAAACUAAUGAAAUUGUUCAGAAAGAUUCUGACACUGAAGUUCUAGGAAACAGUCGAUCUAUCAUGAGUCGGCUUCUAAGUCUUGUUCGAGAACGCGUAGAAUUUCCGUGUGAGGAAUACUCUUUCUCUCCGCGUGAAAUACCAAACCUUGGUUACAAGACUAUUGGGACUGUGACAAGCCAAUCAAAGUCAACUUUAAGCGUUCAAAUUCCAAGGCGAGUUCUGUACGUUCCGAUGUUCGAGGUAAAAGCCGUAUCAUCUUUUAAGAGCAUUAGCGGUGAGAACAAGGUAACCAGCAUUGCACCCAUUUCUAGUACAUUGGCUUGGGUUUGUUACAAUAACGGUAAAACAAUCUUCCUCUGCAGCAAGGAUGGCGUUGAAAAGAGACGAAUCGCUCUUCCCGGGAAAGUUGAAGACAUCUCCGUCAGUCGGGAAGGAAAUCUGUCCAUUACCGGUCACCAAAGCAACGUCAUUUGGCAAGUUGACAAGACAUAUACUGGCAUCGUUCGUGAGGACACGUUUCCUCAAAAACCCCGACAUAUAUGUUCAAGUUCAAAUGGCCUAUAUGUUACAUUUACUUUUGGCACAAAUCUUCUGAACUUGGAUUUGAAAGCAAAACUCGUCAAAUUCAACGGGGAUAUGUCAAAAGAAAAAGAAAUCCCGAAUUCAGAAAAUGCCAAGGAAAUUUUAAAGCUCCCAAAGGGAAUAUCCGAACAUGCGAAUGGUGACCUAUUAAUAGCUAAUUUUCGCGGGAACAGCUACUAUGAGAUUGUAGUCGUUUCGCCCAGCUUGCAAGUGAUAGGACAAUUUAGGUGCGAGACCUCGGAGGCUGAGGUUGUGAAGCCGACAUCGAUAUGUUGUGACGUGUAUGGAAACACGUUUGUGUCCGAUUCGGAUAAGGGCAGAGUAUUUUUGAUGGACAAACAAGGGGAUUGCUUCCGGGCUUUUUUGGGACCAGAACAUGGCAUGACAUGUCCAGGGGCAAUCGCUAUCGACGGUACAGACCACCUCUGGGUGAGCAACUCCGAAACUGGAACAGUCCAUGUGUUUAGGUAUAUGAAAUGACUCGGAAACGUAAACAGUUCGUUUGUGAUACAAUUGUAUGAUAGCAGCGGCCUCCGUAAGAGAGUUUGCGUUAUUAAGUAUAAUUUCAAAAUUGAUUUUAUACUUUGUUAAUUUAAGUUCUGUGAUUGGUUAAUAGGUGUGCAUGUGACCAAAACUCAGCUUUUCAGACUAGUAUUAUCGUCUGUUAUUUUCAUUGGGCUUCAUUAUGUUUUUUCAGUAAGCCAUUGUCGUUCGUGUUUUCGAUUAUAUGUACAUAAAUCAAACUUAUCGUGACCAAAGAACUUGCUAGAUCUACUGGUAAAAUGUAAUUCACUCUUCGCAUGAUUGAUUUUUGUUUUGCUAAGCCGGCGCCUGUGUUGUGCAAGCAAAUUUUUCCCCGUUCAUACUUUGACCCCGCUACUAAGACGGCAACUCGAAGCCGAUACUAAAACAAUGACAAAACCAGACGGCAAACAGACCCCGCUACUAAGCAGUGACAAAGUAAGACGGCAAAUCGAGCCCGAUAUUAAAACAAUGACAAAUCAAGACGGCAAACAGACCCCGCUACUAAGACGGCAAAUCGAGCCCGAUACUAAAACAAUGACAAAAACCAGACGGCAAACAGACCCCGCUACUAAGCAGUCACAAAGUAAGACGGCAAAUCGAGCCCGAUACUAUUUAGCAGUGACAAAGUCAGAAGACAAGCAGACCGCCUCUUACCAGUGACAGAGUUAGACGACAAA